GCUCAGUCUGUGGUGACAACAAAGACGACAACAACACUGCCAACACGACCAGUUUUUUUGACGACACUUGCAAAACUCUUCAUCAAGUGACCUGUUUUUAGUUGCUUUUACUAUUGUAAAGUCUGUAAUAACAGAUGUUCGACAAACAAAUUUGACAAGAUAAGUUAAAUAGCUCGCAAAUGACUGUGAAUUGACCAGAAGUAGACUCCAGUUCACAGUUUUACUGAAGAUGAAUGCUGCUGUUAAGUCUGUUCUUGUCCACAGUCGCCAGAGUUCUUCUCUAAUUAUUGGUCUGUGUAUUGGCAUUGCCUUGAGUCUUAUCCGCACACCAUUCAUAGGUGACGACUGUGAUAAGUCCCUGUCACCUGACCUCUUCAGUGGUGAACGUUUGGGCAAGUUAAGAGACUUAAGGAGCGAUGGAAUGUCAAAUUAUGAUGACUAUGAACCUCGCCUCGUGCUUGAUAACUACAAUAAGGAAGUAGUCAUGAAACCAUCAAAGUCUGAGAAGUUACUGCGGCCUAGGUACUAUACCACAGAACUGGGGAUCCGUGACAAACUCCUCGUGGCAGUCUUAUCCUCAAGGAAGAGUAUUGGCUCUUUUGGAAUUGCUCUUAAUAAAACAUUAAACCAUCAUGUGGACAAACUCAUAUUCUUCAUAGAUGGCAUUGGUUCCAAAAAAUUGGGUUUAAAUAUUCCAAUUGUGGGUUUUAAAGAUGAAAAGCCACUCAUUAAAGUAUUCAGAGUGCUCUCCUACUUGCAUGAAAAUUAUCUGAAUGAGUUUGAUUACUUUUUUGUUGUAUCAGACCAUACAUACAUUCAUGGCAGGAAGCUAUACAAAAUGGUGCAAAGAAUCAGUAUCAGUGAGAAUGUUCACAUGGGGAUGCUGAUGGAUAAUCCUGAGUCACUCUAUUGCUCUAUUGAUUCUGGUAUUGUUCUUAGCCAUUCUGUACUGAAAGCAGUGGGUGCGAAGCUAAGCUGGUGCACACGCAAUACUUACUCUGAAGCUGACACAGACAAUCUCGGUCGAUGCAUCCUUCAUGCAACUGACAAGCCUUGUGUGUCUAGUCUGCAGGGUCAAGAAUACACUACUUACCGGCUGCGGGAUGAUGUUGAUGUUGUGUCCCACUUGCAACUGAUAGGUGGAAGUUCCCUUGUUCGAGAGGCUGUGACAGUCUCCAAUGUGCCAGAAGCUAAUGAUGUGUUUACCCUUCACAUGUUUUAUCUUCAAGUUGAUGUGAGACAUGUUAAUAAGAGUAUUCAGGAAUUUAGAGAAGAAAUACAAACUGCAAAACCAUUUGCACCAAUAAUCAAGAGAGAAGAUACAUGGCCUGUUGGGACAGCACCAGCACAUUUUCCUGCUACAAGAUUUGAUGUUAUUCAAUGGGAGACUUUCAAUGCAACACACAUAUUUCUUCCUGAUGAUUUCCAAAAUACAAAACCAAUUAUUGGAGCAGAUUUACUAGACAUUAUGAGUGUAGUUAAUGCAAGUGUAACUCACAUGCAUACUAAGAAAAAUGGUAAUUUAGAGUAUAGAGGAAUCGAGUAUGGGCAUCGACGUUUGGAUCCUUCACGAGGUGUGGACUAUAUUCUCUCUUUGAUCUUCCGUGAUAAUAUAUCUGGUCAGACAGUCACCAGAAAACUUGAAGCAACCAGGUCUCUCACCGAACCUGAAAUUAUACCUAUGCCUUAUGUCACAGAGAAUAACCGCAUCACUUUGGUACUUCCCAUCACUCAAGCAGACAUGGUGCAAGGAGUAGAGUUUGUGAAAAGGUAUGAAGCUGAGUGUAUGGUCAGUGGUGAGCACACAUUCCUGCUUCUUGCUCUUCUCUAUCAACCUGGAGUAUCUUCUGCUGGAGAUGAUGCAGAUGUCUUCAAGCCUUUGAAAGAUCUGGCACUUAAGUAUACCAGAGAGCAUCAUGAUGCUGGCUCAAAAGUUGGCUGGAUCACAAUUCACACCCUUGGUUACCAGCCCUCCGAAUUUGCUGUAUUUGAUUUGGUGGUUAAAAAGUUGCAAGAUGACACAUUGCUUCUUAUUACUAGGCAUUCUUCCCAUGUUAGCAAUGAUUUUUUGAAUCGUGUCAGAAUGAAUACCAUCUUGAAUUGGCAGGUGUUCUCUGCUAUACCAUUUACACAAUAUCAUCCUGAGACUGUGCCUGAUCAGGAGGCAUAUCGCAAGUUGGAAGUCAACAGAAACGUUGGUCAUUUUGACAAUUAUAAUUUUGACCAUAUUAGUUUCUAUGUUGGUGAUUACAUGGCAGCAAGAAAGUCAGUGGUUGAAACUAUUCCUCUCAUAAGAAAUGAGAAGGAUCUCAAGCGAGACCAGCCAGAAGAGUACGACUAUGGCAUCUAUGGACUAUUUCUUCAUGCAUCCAACCUCCAUGUUUUACGGGCAGCAGAGCCAAGUCUAAAGUUAGUUUAUCAGAACAUUGAAUGUGGUAAAAAGACAAAGAAUCAAAGUGGGAGAAAUCACCAGUUCUGUUCCUUGCAAGAAGGAUAUUCCUUUGGAUUGAGAGCCCAGUUGAGUAGGCUGGUACUUGAUUAUAUAGAACAAGGAAGAGGAAAACUACGAGAGUAAUUCAACUUUCUCAAUUUUACCUUUUUUAACAAUAUUUCAUAAACUCCUUCAUACUUUUAUCUCUGGUAUAAGUAUACUUCUAAACAUAUUAUUCUUUACAAUAUAUUUAUAUAUAAUAUGUAUAUUUUAGACUUAAAUAUUUUUCCUUAAAAUUUUUAUCAGUAUUUGACAUAAUUCUGUAGUUUGCUCUCUGAUGCUUGUUCAGAAUGUUUACCAAAUCUUUCAAAAUGUAUUUCAAGUGUCUGCUAUACAGAAUGCUAUACAGAACAUAGUAUUGUAAAAUGUAUCAAUAUUUUGUUUCAACCCUGUCAGGGUCGACAGGCCCUCUCCCAAACUUGUUCUCAGGGUCAAAAAAUAUUUGAAAAAGCAAUUAUUUUUUCUUAUGAAAUGAUAGUUUUUUUGUGUGUGUGUGAGUAUUAUAGGCAAAAAAAAGAAAAAUUUGCGAUGAAUACUCAUGGAGAUAUGGAGGCGUGAAGUUGACAGAAAUUGAACCGCAUAUGGCAACAUUGCCGACUGCCGGUCACCCAGUAAUAGUUUAUUUUGUUUUUUCUACUUUUUCUUUUAGUUUUUAAUAUUUUAUUUUUUCAAGUAACUUUUAUGGCCUCUGAGACCAAUAUAAAAUCUAUUUGGUAUAUAUUCACUCAUUGUAUACUACACAAUAACAGCACAAACUUUGCUGUCAUUAUAUUCUUUACAAAACAUGUUUACACAAACCAACAA